UUUAAUUACUAAAAUGAUCGCGAUAAAUGUUUUCCCUAGGUCUAAACAAUUUUUCUAUUGUACCUACUCCAUAGUCCUUAAGUUGCGACAGUAUCAGGCACAAUUUGGACUUCGUGUGGGAUGUUAGUCAUAUUUUUGCUAUUGUUGACAUGGGGAAAAUUGGCGACGGCUGUUGUGCCUCAACCAACACCAGUGAGAGCUCUGGGGCAACAAAAGGGGUGCGGAAGCGGCCAAUUCGAGUGCACCGAAGGAGGGCAUGAACACCCGUGCAUUCCUGAGUUAUGGCUUUGUAAUGAGAUUGACGACUGCCUGGACGGAGCUGAUGAGGAUCCGCAACUGUGCUCCAAUUAUCACGAACUGAGGCAGUGCACCGAAGAAGAGUUCGAAUGUCCUUCAAAUAAGCAGUGUAUUUCGAAGAACUGGUUGUGCGAUGGUGAAAAUGAUUGUAAGGACAAUGCUGACGAAAAAGACUGCCCUCUAAAGACCUGCAAACCUGGCGAGUUCGAAUGCGACAACAAACACUGCGUGCUGCUGGUCUUCCUGUGUAACGAACACGACGAUUGCGGGGACGGCUCAGACGAACGCCACUGCGAAUGUUUCUCAAGUAAAGCCUUUAAUUGCUCGAACAACAUGGGCUGCCCUCCAAGUGAUCGUGUCUGUGACGGCAAAAGCGACUGCAAAGACAACAGCGAUGAAGGAGGCCGAUGCAGCGAUGAGGUGUGCGGCUUGAAUUGCGGCAGCAACGGCAAAUGUUUUAAAACUCCUAAUGGCCCAAGAUGCGACUGUCAGCAGGGCUUCCGUGAGAACCGAGGAGUAUGUAAAGAUAUCGACGAGUGCGCCGACAUGUUCACCUGUGACCACACGUGCAGCAAUACACAAGGAAAUUAUACCUGCUCCUGCAAGUCUGGCUACUACUUGCAUGGGAAAGAAACCUGUCGUGCGGCCGGACAGGCCUCGGCAAUGCUGCUGUACACGUUCAAGACGAGUGUACAAGGCAUCUAUUUAGAUACGAAAACGCAGUUUUCUGUCCACUCGGGUGACGUCAUGACUGUUGCCGUUGCUUACGAUCCUGUUGACUCCAAAGUCUACUGGAGCGACCAUAUGGGCAACAUAUACAGGAAAUCAUUGGCCAGAAAUGAUCUGGAACUAUUCAUCAACAGAGGUGUCGGCAUAGUUUACAGCCUCGCCAUCGACUGGGAAAUGCGCAAUUUGUACAUCAGCGACAACAAGUCUAACAGCAUCAUCGUCUGCAACAUCCGACGCGACUCGUGCGCUACGCUUGAUGCCCAGCCUUCGCGGCCAACGUACCUACAAGUUGACAUUGCCCAGAGGCAGCUUUUCUGGGUCGAGGCGGAAAAAAAGAGAAUCAAGAAGUCUAAUUUGGAUGGCAGUGGCGCCCGCGUUCUCGUCGAUGGCAACCUUGAAUGGCCUAACGCACUGGCUUUUGAUUCCGCAUCUCGACGCCUGUACUGGAUGGAUGCCGCGCACAACGCUGUUGGCUGUGUCGAUGUCGACCGGAAUGAGCUCAGGGAAGUUCCUGGUUUUCAAGUUAAUCACCCGUCGUCUGCUGCUGUGUGGGAAGACUUUAUUUACUGGAAUGACUGGGAAGAUAAAUGUCUAUAUCAAGCGUUGAAAAAAGAUGGCAGCAAUAAAACUCAUUUGUUGAGGCACGAGGGUAACGGAAUUGUUCUGUACCACGAACAAAUGAAUAAAGACGUUUCAGGUCAUCAGUCGCUGAAUUGUCAGUGCAGUCACAUCUGUUUGCCGAGUGCCUCAAGCUACAGUUGUUCAUGUCCUCAUGAAAUGAUACUCUCAUCGAACAGGAAAGACUGCCUUGAUCGAACGGAUCUGCCAUACUUCAUUCUCGGAGCGGGGAGCAGCCUUUACUCGAUGGUCAUUCGGAAAUAUCAGCAACCAGUUGUAAAGAAAUUCGAAGUCCGCGAGACUCUGCGCUUUGUUUCUGACUUGGACUACGAUCCUCUCGAAGACGCGCUGUUCAUAGCAGACAGAGGAAGAGGCGAGAUCAUCCGAGUUGACCUUGCUACUCGGAGAACAGAGAUCAUCGUCAAAAAUAUCCUCAGAGUUACCGGAGUUUCCGUUGAUUGGCAACGGAGAAAUGUUUAUUGGGUGGACUCCCAAAAAGGUUCUCUUGAGGUCGCAACGACCCGCGGGCAGUAUCGUAAGCAGCUCGCCUUGGGCACCACUUCUUGUUCGGGGCUCAGCAUUGCAGUUCACCCCGAUAAAGGACGAGUUCUUCUUGGCUGCGAUGGUAAAAUUUUGAGCUGCACUCGCAGUGGCCAACCUUGCAUCAGACUUCCGGCUGGAAGAGUCGUCUCGCCGAUCGGCAUUACAAUCGAUCAGCGUCGCCAAGAAGAGCUGGUUUAUUGGACGGACUCCUCUCAAGAAACUGUCAACAUGAUGGAUCUCGAUGGGUUCAGCCGCGAGAAAGUGAAAUCGAGUUCCUAUGGCGGAAUAAUUCGUAGCGACGGCAACACGUACGUCACUCCUGUUGGCGACUACAGCUUCAUCACACACUACCGUAAUCUGACCAGUGGAAAAGCUGAUGGAACCUUGGUCUUGUCCGUUCUAGAGAAUUUGAAGAGCAUGCCACGUCACAAGAACCACUGGGCCAUAACCGAAAUAGGUUGGAAACCUUCACAGAUGCUAACGAGUUUGUACCAAAAGUUCUGCGUGGAGAUGACGCCACAAUGCCAGCAGCUGUGUCUCGAACAUGACAUCGGCAAAGUCUGUGCCUGUUCUUCUUCUGAGGACUUGGCGGAUGAUGGCUUCUCCUGUAAAGCAAAAACCUGCAAGUCUGAUGAGUUCUUAUGUGCAGAUGGGACAUGCAUUCCUUUGACAUUUGCGUGCAACGAAGCGCAAGAUUGCGCGGACGGCUCGGAUGAGAUUCCAACGUCGUGCCCAAAAUGCGACGAGUCGUCGUUCAGAUGCCGCUCUGGGAAAUGCAUCAAAGCUGAGCAGAAAUGUGACGGGUCUUACAACUGCCAUGAUCACUCGGAUGAAAUGGGCUGCGCUAAGCCCUCUUGCUUGAAAGGUUUCUUGCCAUGCGCCAACGGUGAUUGCUUCUUAAACAUGUCCCGCUGUGAUGGCACGAACCACUGCGCUGACGGUUCCGACGAGUUGGAUUGUCCGCCCUGCCAAGAUGACGAAUUUAAAUGUGACAAUGGUAUAGGGAAGUGCCAGCCAAUAUCUCUGCUGUGCGACGGGACGCCAGACUGUCUUGACAGCAGCGAUGAAGCGAACUGUGAUGUCAACUGUGCGGAAGGGGAGUUCAAAUGCGCAGAUCAAUCGAUUUGCCUUCCCGCGAAUAAAGUAUGCGACUCUGAAUUGGAUUGCAAAAACGGCGACGAUGAACUCCCUCAGAUGUGUGCUAAGGGUCCUGAAUGCGAUGCUACAGUAAGUGUCUGCAAAGUAUCCUGCACUGAAGACCAAUUUCAGUGCAAUCGGACGAAGAACUGCAUUGACCGAAAUCAGCUGUGUGAUGGCACUUCAAACUGCGACGACGCUUCUGACGAAUAUUUCUGCCAAGUUAUUCAGUCUCCUAAUUCGCAAGACGUAAGCUCAUGCGAUCGCGGCGACUUUCACUGCGGUUCUGGGGAAUGCAUCGCUGACAGUAAAGUCUGCGAUGGAGUACAGCAUUGCUCCAAUGGCGCCGAUGAGAGCAGAUCUUGUGAGGAAUCUUGCAAAGUGAAUAAAGGCGGGUGCGCCCACGAGUGCCACAGCGGUGCCGACUCUCGGCGCUGUUUUUGCCGAAGAGGCUUCAAGCUAGCAGAGGACCUCGCUUCUUGUGAGGAUGUAGAUGAAUGCAGUGAGAAUGACCCCUGCGAGCAGCUGUGCAUAAACACUCCCGGUGGACAUCAAUGUUCCUGCGUCGAGGGCUACCUGCCUUCUAAGACUUACUUCUGUAGGCCUGCAAAUGGGCGCAAGCAGAGGAUAGCUCUGCUGUAUGGCAAUACAGUCAGCUGGCUCGGCGGCGUUCCAGUCCGCAUCAUCGGCCCCGAUGACCUCAACAUAACGCACGCCUCCUACGAUGACGUCGAUGAUGCAAUAAUCGCCUUGGACGUUCGUGGCGUUCUUGGCAAAGUGAAUUCGUCGGACCUGAAGUGGACUCCUAUUAUGAACGGGUUGAGUGACGUCACAGCACUUGACGUCGACGCAUCGGACCGCAAUGCAUACGUAGCACAAGCUAAUCGCGGCCGCAGAAUCAACUACGCUUCUCUGAAAGUAUGCAGCAUGAGAACAUCCAUAUGCUUCACGAUUUACGAGAACACCGAAAUCCUGAUAUCAUCGGUGGCUGUGGCAAAGGCCCAAAGGCUUCUCUUCUUCUGCACUAAUGGCUUGGAUUCCACGGCGUCAACAAUAUUCCAAUCUAAACUAGAUGGUAGCGGCAGGAUCGAAAUAGCUCGUCCAAAGCUUCGAGGUUGCAGUGCCAUUGCGCUAGACGAGCCCAAAGGAAUUAUUUAUUGGGUAGACCCUGAAUUACAACAGCUGAAUUCUGCUGCCUUCUCCGGCCAUAGGACAUCUGUUUUUAAAUCUCUAAGAGUACCUGUGACCAACUUGCUGGUGUUCGGGCCUUCAGUGCAAUGGCUUCUGCCAAACUCCACCCUUCAGUAUUGUCAGAAGCAUUCCAGCAGAUACUGCCAUCAGGUUCAGCUUAAUAUUCCGGCCACCGCCAUCACAACCUCAAAAGCAGUUACUACGCACGAGUCACGGCUGUGCCAGGAAGAGAAGUGCAAGAAUCUGUGCAUUUCUUCAUCAUCCGCAGCUUCUUGCUUAUGCGACAACAUCUCCGCUAACGAGUGCAGCGUAACUCGGACACUUCUCAUGUUUGAGAAUUCCUCGUGUAAUCCUGAUUUCUGCAUGCCAGGAGGCACUUGUGUCGAAGUGGAAGGUGGUGGCGUCACGUGCAGCUGUUUCAAGGGUUACGAAGGCGAUACCUGCGACAUUGUACAAGCAGAACCACAUGGGCACAAAUACGUGGCGCCAUUGGUAGCAGUCUUCGUGUUGCUCGUUCUUGGUAUCGCCGGAGCUACUGCUUACUACCGCUACAAGAAGCCACUAUUCCUCUUCAAGAUGACGCCGAGAUGGGCUAGCAGAACCAAAACGCAAGUAAGGUUUUCAAACCCAGCGUACGGCGCCCCCGAAGAAGAGAUAGACGCUACCCUGAGGCGCGGCCACGCUGCCAUUCACGACUGCGAGUCUAAGGGAGGCGUAUCCAGGUCAACUCUAGUCACAGUGCAAAUUGAUAGGGAAGAUGUACCUCCUUUAAAGUGAUUCGAUGGAUUACUUGUAACGCAAUGCAUUUCAGAGAAAAACGAUAAAUGCAUCGGCGUGUACAAAAAUCUAGAUACGUUUGGUACGACUAAUCGACGUGGUGCGAAGCAGCAACAAAAUGAUGAACUUCCCUGUUAGGAUGUCGAGCAUAAUCUAUAGCACAGAUGAAAAGUUACUUCACAUGUUGAGCAUUUUCUAUUUCAAAGUUUCAGAAUUAUUUUGUUAUUAAAAUUUGAACUAAUAUAUCUAUUAAUAGAAUUUAUUAUUAGAACAAAGUUAUACGUUCCAAAUUUGUUCUGUUGGGAAAUGUCAUUUGAAUGAAUAUUCGACUUGCAAAGAUUCUGCGGACGUCGAGUGAUUCGAAUAUAUUGAAUGAAAAUUAAAUA